UUGAUCAUAAUUCUUUUCACUUUUUUUUUUCAAAAUUUAAUUAAAAGUCUUGCUUUCUUUUCUUAUAAAUUAACCCACAUGGUGUAUUAAGUUACAGGCCCCCACCACAGCAGAAACCCUUUUCCUUUACAACAUUGCCUUCAUAUAGGUGGGUGAGUUUGAGGUCCGAGGACUCGUAAGAAAUUUUGAGAAUGGCAUCCUCUUCUUUUGCUUCUUCUUCAUCUGAUCACAAACCGCAUGUUUUAGCUGUUGAUGAUAGUUUUGUCGAUCGCAAACUCAUUGAAAAGCUGCUCAUCAAAUCAGCAUGUAAAGUGACGACUGCAGUUAAUGGAAGAGAGGCAUUAGAGUUCCUGGGUCUGGCAAAUGGGCAACACCCAACCAACAAUGAUGUGAAUUUGAUCGUGACCGACUAUUGUAUGCCAGAAAUGACUGGUUAUGAGCUACUUAAAAGAGUUAAGGAAUCACCCACCAUGAAGGAGAUACCGGUAGUUAUAUUAUCAUCAGAGAACAACCCUCACAGAAUAGAGCAGUGCUUGGAGGAAGGAGCAAAUGAGUACAUGCUGAAGCCUCUCCGACAACAAGAUGUCAAGAAGUUGAAAUGUCACAUGAAAGAGUUCAAAAAUCCUUGUAAAGUGCUUUGCUUUAGGAAGAUGAAGAAUUAAUUACCACGAGUGAUAAUGAAGCAGAAAAGAAGAGAUCAGACAAAUAUACACUUAAAAAAAAAGAACUACAGGAGGAGUAAACAAAUGACCUGGAUGUAUCUUUUAGUAAAUCAAACAAUAGAUGCAUCGUUAAGUAGAUCAUCCUUUAAGUCCAGUAUCUAAUUUUUUUAGAUAUUUAUUAAAGAGUUUAAUUCAUCAAAUUUUGUGGAUUUUGAACUUUC